UCAGACUGUUAUGAGCCCAAUACACUGGAGGCCCAUACUUCUUACGCUUUGAGAAUUUUUUCUCCUUUGUCUACUGCUAAACUUAAACCUUCAAGGCUUCGACGCCGCAGCUUCCUCUCGCCGUCUGGUCGCCGUUCGGCUUCUUCCCGGUUGAUUUAGCGGAAAAUUAAGGUCAGAAAAUGGUAGUAAGGAUCCGAUUGUCGAGAUUUGGCUGCAAAAACAAGCCAUUUUAUCGGGUUAUGGCCGCUGAUAGUAGGUCUCCCCGGGAUGGCAAACACCUUGAAGUCUUGGGUUACUACAAUCCCCUGCCAGGUCAAGAUGGUGGCAAACGCAUGGGCCUCAACUUUGAGAGAGUGAAGUAUUGGUUAUCAGUUGGUGCACAGGCUUCAGAUCCUGUCCAGCGCAUUCUUUUCAGAGCUGGAGUUCUACCUCCACCACCUAUGGUUGCAAUGGGACGAAAAGGUGGACCACGUGACACGCGUCCUGUUGAUCCCCUAACUGGACGUGUCUUAAGUACUGAAAACUCAGCAGCUGCAGACCGACCUAAAGGUGCUGAAAACUGAGGAACCAUCUGAUAAACAUGAUGUUACUGUUCCAGCGAUUCUGUUGCUUUUGAGUCGAGGGAAAAUGGAGGGGUUCUUUUUUUUCUCUCUGAUUUUGGGAACUUAGCUCAUGUUUUUUAACAUUUAUAUUUCUGCCGACAAGAGCAGUGGUUGCACUUAGAAAUAACUCCCCCUCAUCUUGAGGAACAGCGGCUUGUCUAGAGACAUGGGUAGUUAACUUAGUACAGUAAUGCAUUGCGUGAAUCAACAGCGCAAAGCAGCAGGAUGAUGCUGAAUUUCUUUUAGGUCUUGUAA